ACACAACCCCACAAUUAUUGGCAACGCUGGCUGUUCCACGUGCGGUGCCGCGAUUUUUAUUUUUCUCCAAUUGAAUUUUGCUUAUUUAAUAUACAAAACAAUUUGCUACAAUGCCGCCUGUAGCGAAACCCAAACCACAAAAGAUUCAAAAACAAGUGAAGACCACAACAAAGAAAACGGUGGCAAAUAAAACCGUGGUCUCUGGGCAGUUAAAGAAAAAACUGCCUCCAAGUCAACAAAAGAGCCAGGAGCCUCGCAAAGAGCGCGGCGUAGUCUUCAUCAAGCAUCUACCCCAUGGUUUUUUUGAGAAUCAACUACGUCAAUAUUUCAAGCAAUUUGGACGUGUCCUGCGUGUCCGCCUGGGGCGGUCUCCACGCACAGGUGGCAGCAAAGGUUUUGCCUUUGUGGAAUUUGAGUAUCCCGAGGUGGCCAAAGUGGCGGCCGAUACCAUGGACAACUAUCUGAUGUUUCAGAAAGUGGUCAAGGCAUCGUAUAUUCCGCCCGAGAAACAGAUCUAUAACUACUUCAAAACUUCCGUUAAGAAGGUUCAAAAUAAAGCAGGCAAGGAAAUAUAUGUGUCGGAAGUGACAGCAGCCAAGCAGCGUAGCGUCAAAAGACAGAACAACUGGGACGAGUCCGCCUGCCAGAAGCGCACACUUGGUAGCCUGAGCAAGGUAAACCAGUUGAAUAAGAAGUAUGAGCAUCUCGGCAUCGAUUUCAACAGUUUGCUAGUAAAGCCAUUGGAGAAAACAAAAGGUGAGGAUGAGGAGCCGUCCACAAGUAGCAAGGCAAAGCAGGCAAAAAAAGAACCCAAAUUGGAGGAUUUGCUGGGCACAACAAUAAAUGAAGACUCAGAUGAUGAGGAUUAUGUAGAUGCUAUCGAAUCGGAUGGAGAAUUAACCGAUGAAGACGACGAUGAGGAUGAUGAUGAGGAAGAGGAAGAUCUGCCCACUCCGCCUAAAAGAUCACAGAAAGUUAAGGCAACUGAUAAUCAUCUAUUAAAACGUAAACCUGGCACCGGCGGAAUACAGAAAAAGAAAACGAUUGUGAAACCCGUUGCGAAAUCCUCGUCAAAUAAGAUCAACAAGAAGGCCACCCAGACAUUAAAAUUGACUGCUGCGAAGGAGUUGGCCCAGCCUCUAAAGAAAGUAACAGCAAAGAAGCUUAAGAAGUGAUUAAAAAAAAAAGAAAACACUAAAUUUUUAUAUUCUAUAAUUAAAUUUUAAGAGAUAAAGAAACUUGUUGUAGUAAAUGUA